UUCCAGGGUACUGGUCGUGUGUUGAAGUAUGGAGAGAUUACCUGCCUUUCUUCUGCUAUGUGUUUUACUUAUUCUACCUGCAGAUGUACAUUUGAAACCUUUCGUUGUGUCCGUGGAGAACGCAGGACGGGCGGCCGGUCUAUCGAACCUAGACACCGCCAGCGCCGGGAGAGUGGCGUAUUAUGGGCCAACACCAAAUCCGUCUCCUAGCAAAGCCGUACAGUUCAUCUACAGUGGCGUCCCUCCUACUCUGACGUCACUCAACCAAACGUCGUCGUCAUCGGAGCAACCAACCAUCGUGUCGUCUCAGAGUACGUUAGUCGUCAGUCCCGUCGCCGAGGCGAUUCGUCCUUCCGGUGACGCAGCCGCGGUAGUAAAGGGAGUGAACUCUGCCACGCAGACGGCAACGGAUGUUAAAAUGGCGGCGGCUGUUGCAAAGAGUGGGGGCUAUACACGAAUGAUGAGUUACUUGGAACGAUUCUAUUCCGCUCUGACGUCAAGAAUAUCCUCCAUGGAGAGGCAGUUGAAGUCGGUUACGAAAUCCGUGGAAGGGAUUAGGAGUGUUAUGCAUACAAUUACAAAAUUACAAAGCGACAGUUUUUCCCUUGUCCAAAAAGUGGAGCAGGAGAUAAGAAAUUCGGUUUUUCCCCAAAAAACGAGUGUCAAGGUUGCUCCUAAAACCCCACUGCCAACGGAACAGUCUAAGCUGAGCAAAGUACCCCAGGUGAAUUAUCAAACCGAUUCAAAUAUGAUAAUAUCACCUGCAAAUAAACCACCUAUCCACAACACAAUUUUAUCACCUUCUAAUAAACGCCCAAUCAGUAACAGUGUUUCAUCGCUUGUUAAUAAGCAACCAAUCGACAUCAUUGUUUCACGACCUGUUAAUAAGCAACCAAUCGACAUCAUUGUUUCACGACCUGUUAAUAAGCAACCAAUCGACAUCAUUAUUUCACGACCUGUUAAUAAGAAACCAAUCGACAUUGUUUCACGACCUGUUAAUAAGCAACCAAUCGACAACAUUGUUUCACGACCUGUUAAUAAGAAACCAAUAGACAUUACUGUUUCAUCAACUGUUAAUAAAAAGCCAGUUGACAUUAUUGUUUCAUCACUAAUGAAAAUGCAACCAAUCGGCAUUCCUGUUUCAUCAACAGCUGAUAAACAGCCAACCAGCAAGACUGUACCAUCAACUAUUUAUAUUCAGCCAACUGGCAACACUGUUUUAUCAGCCAGUAAUAAACAACCAAUUAACAACUAUGUUUUCUCAGCUGCAUAUAAACUACCAGCCAAUGCUCCAGCUGAUAACACUGUCUCGUCGGGGUCUCGAAUGGCAGCCGAGAACAUGGUUAGUAGCCACCCAAUCGAUAGUACUAUUUCAUCAGCAAACAGUAAAACACCAGUUGGAAGUAUAACACCAAUCAGCAAUACUGUUCCAUCGACUGGUAGCAAUGAUCCAAUCAGCAACACUGUUCCAUCGACUGAUAGUGAAACACCAAUCAGUAACAUUGUUCCAUCGCCUGGUAGCAAUGAUCCAAUCAGCAUCACUGUUCCAUUGACUGGUAGCAAUGAUCCAAUCAGCAACACUGUUCCAUCAACUGGUAUUGAAACACCAAUCAGCAUCACUGUUCCAUUGACUGGUGGCAAUGUUCCAAUCAGCAACACUGUUCCAUCGACUGGUGGCACUGUUCCAAUCAGCAACACUGUUCCUUCGACAGAUAGCAAUGUUCCAACCAGCAAUACUGUUCCAUUGACUGGUGGCACUGUUCCAAUCAGCAACACUGUUCCUUCGACAAAUAGCAAUGUUCCAAUCAUCAACGCUGUUCCAUCUACUGGUAGCAAAACACCAGUCAGCAACACUGUUCCAUCUACUGGUAGCAAAACACCAAUAAGCAACACUGGUCCAUCGACUGGUAUUGAAACACUAAUCAGUCAGACCGUGUCAGCAGCUGUUAAUAAGCCGACAACAGGAAAUUCAAAUGUCACGCCAAUACAAAACGCUGAGGCGAAUCAAAAUAUACCACUCGAUCGAAUUCCUCCUCAGCUAACUGUAGACAAUAAACAGCAAGGACAGCAGCAACAACAGCAGCAACAGCUUAUUCAACAGAAUCAACAACAACAAGAAACACAGCAGCAGCUGAAAAAACAAGGGAAAAAACAAAAACAAGCACCACGGCCACAGCCAUUAGAUCAUCAACAGUCGAUGCAACAAGGACAACAACAACCACCACCACCACCACCACCACCACAACAACAACAACAGCAGCAAACUCGGCAAUCACAGUUAAAAGAGGGCAAGAUACCCCACUCGCCAGCCAGACAGACGUCAAACACUAAUGAGCAAGCAACUCAAGACGCGUACUACACACCUCAGGCACCUGACGCGAGAUCCGUACCAUCCAAAAUGGCCGACUACAGAACAUUCCUCAGUGUUCUCAAAGACUUCUGGGAAGCUGCUGGUACUCCUGCCGACCCGAGUCCUCCGAGUGGCUAUGUAGCUGGUCCGUCAGCAGAACCUUCGACAGGACAUCUAACAUCGCCGACGGGCUUCCCCGGUGACGUCGUACAUCCUGAAACUGUAUCUUCGCAGAGCCAAGGUAUAGUAGGAGAAUCUCAGACUGUACCAGUACAACCUGAAAUAGUUCCAGUACAACCUCAAACAGUUCCAGUACAACCUCAAACAGUUCCAGUACAACCUCAGACAGUUCCAGUUCAACCCCAGACGGUACCAGUACAACCUCAAACUGUUCCACUACAACCUCAGACUGUUCCAGUACAACCUCAGACUGUUCCAGUACAACCUCAGACUGUACCGGUACAACCUCAAAUUGUUCCAGCACGACCUCGAACUGUAAUGGUACAACCUAAACCGGUACGCAUACAACCUGAGCCAGUUCCUGUUCAGGAUUACUCUGGACCCAUAGACAUUGAAUUUUAUAAUCCGGCAGAACUUAACACGACGCCCACAGACCCUCAGACACAUGGUUAUAUGGAAGCAAUGGACACUUAUAAUCCACGUUUCCCUCCACGACCCGAUGUGGGAACUUUGCCGUCGGGUCCCCAGGCGAAUCUGAACCCGAACCAUGGCGGGGAGGUGCCCGAGCUGGGGAUGUUCGACUUCUUCAACAUGUUGUCCACCAUGAUGGUUCCAGGCAUGGGCCCGACCACAACCACGAAGCAGCCGACACCCCCCGUUUACGACAGGAAGUCCGCGGAAAAGAUGAGACUCAUGGCAAGCAUUUUAGAGGCCUUCUUUUGAAGAUACCACGGCAGACGAUACCAAUUCGUUACAUCGAUGGUUAUCAUGGAAACGAUAAAUAUCAACAUCCAGAUAUAUUAUUUUUGUAUACUUAUUUAAAUAUUGAAAACCUUGUAACAUUGUACAUAUAAUUAUUAUAUUGAGUGUUGGAUGGGGUGGGGGAGUAAGAGGUAACGAGUGCUACACUCCCCCACUACCCAUUCCAGGGAAGCAAGGACAAUGCAAGUUUCUCUCUUUCCACUUUUUCGAAACAAUGUAUUAGAAUACGUGUCUGAACCUUUAAAGGAUAUAGACACGUGAAUAAAGUUUAAGUCUAUUAAAAUACCAUUAAAACUUGAAAGGUCACAAGUUAUAUUAAUGAGGUUGUGAGAAAUGAUUCCAAAUCGGUUGAUGGUUCUGUGGAAUUGAUCAUCAUUAGGUCCGAUAACAUCUCUUUUUUAGAAUAAAUCUCGCCUGGAAAAAUUCAGGAGAGUGGCAAAUUGAAUUUUUAAAAACAUUUUUUAAAAACGUAUGUGAAUGCACACUUAGCACUAUUUCAGGAGAGUGAUCUUCAGCUCUCCUUAAUUUUGCCCAUGAUGAAGAAUUUGCCUUUAAUAAUUUUGUCUGAAAUAUACGAAAUGUUUGGAUACCACACUAACCAAAAUAAAAGUGCGUUUCAAAAAUCAAACAUUGGUUUUUAAAUGUGACGUCAGUGACCGUUAAAAUGCACUUUUGUUGUUUUUGAUUUAGAUGGUGGCAUAAUUCUAGGAACAUUUGUGUGGGGUGGAGAGAGGGGUUUUUCUUAUGUUGAAAACGGCCUGGUCCUAGUAUAAACAGCGGGCCGGGGUGUGGGUACAGUGGUUAUCAAGAUGGCUGGUAUUUUCGUCCUAGUUGAUAUUUAUUACAACACAGGGGAGGAAUUGCCCUGCCCUUCGCUAGAAACAGCCUUGAAAUAACUUCGAUUUCACCGGGGGACAAAAAUGCAUUGCCAUUACUUCUUGUUUUUUAAAGUUGUGCCCACUCCUCCCAAGGAUAAAUCUUAUAAAUUGUUAUAUUUUUAUUGAUGUAUAAAGGUGAUAAAUUGAAGUAAUAAAUUUAUAUAAAAAG